GUCGGUGAGGUUGUCAAGCCGCAAGCUUGCUACGGCUGCGGGCAGGACACCCGUCUCCGAACACGCAUGGCAAUAUGCGUCAGAGGACCCCACGUUUUGUCGUGCGAGGGAUGAGACAAGCAUCUUGAGAAAGAUGCGGGACGUGUUUAUAAGUGCCCUUGCGCCGUGUCUUCAACAAAGGAGGCUGUAUUCUUGUCUUUUCUUCUCCCCCGCAAUUAAGCAGAGCCUCGAUCCUAACUCGGCCGAUCACACUGCCCGUGCGUGUGUCCUGCUUGAAGCUGCACCAGACCAUAGCUUGAGACAGAGCACCAACCGCCCGUCCACUUGUCCUGUCCCGCCCGAAGCCUUCGCUCCCGCCCGAGCUCGGCGCCGUGGAUAUUUUGCAACCUUCUACAACAACCCUUUCCAGACACACACACUCUUCGCCUGAGACCGUCAGCCAUGGCAACCCCUUCGAGCAUACAGAUCCCCGGCCGCGCCGUCGAGGCCAGCAAUCGGCAACUCAGCUUCUCGACCUCCCCCACCGCAACCUUCCAGUCCCCGCCGUCGAGCUUCCCCGGCUCCCUUGCGAACCGCCCGAAGCAGCAGGAGAAGGUGCUGCAGCCUUUCGAGACCCAGAACAUCAAGAUCCUCCUCCUCGAGAACGUCAAUCAGAGCGGCAGGGACAUCCUCACCGGCGAGGGCUACCAGGUCGAAGUCCACAAGAGCUCGCUGCCUGAGGAGGAGCUCAUUGAGAAGAUCAGAGAUGUCCACGUCAUUGGCAUUCGCUCCAAGACCAGGCUCAGCGAGAAGGUCCUGAAGGAGGCCAAGAACCUGCUGGUCAUUGGCUGCUUCUGCAUCGGUACAAACCAGGUCGACCUUGAGUUUGCCGCCACUAAUGGCAUCGCCGUCUUCAACUCUCCCUUUGCCAACUCUCGCAGUGUGGCUGAGCUAGUCAUCUGCGAGAUCAUCACUCUUGCGCGCCAGCUUGGUGACCGUUCCAAUGAGAUGCACAGGGGCACAUGGAACAAGGUCAGCAACAAGUGCUGGGAGAUCCGUGGAAAGACACUUGGCAUUGUCGGUUACGGCCACAUUGGCUCGCAACUUUCCGUGCUGGCUGAGGCCAUGGGCAUGUCCGUCAUCUACUACGACGUCGUCAACUUGAUGGCUCUGGGUACCGCUCACCAGGUCCCGACGCUCGAGGCCCUCCUGAAUGAGGCCGACUUCGUGACCCUCCACGUUCCCGAACUCCCAGAGACCAAGAACAUGAUCUCGGCCCCGCAAUUUGAGCAGAUGAAGCAGGGCGCCUACCUCAUCAACGCCAGCCGUGGCACUGUUGUCGACAUCCCGGCCUUGAUCAACGCCAUGCGCGGUGGAAAGGUGGCCGGUGCCGCUCUCGAUGUGUACCCUGGCGAGCCGCGCGCGAACGGCGACUACUUCACCAACGACCUCAAUGGCUGGGAGGAGGAACUCCGCAGCCUCAACAACAUCAUCCUCACUCCUCACAUCGGUGGCAGCACAGAGGAGGCGCAAAGAGCGAUUGGCGUGGAAGUGGCCGAUAGUCUCGUGCGAUACAUCAACCAGGGUUCCACGCUCGGCAGUGUCAACAUGCCCGAAUGCAACCUUCGCUCUUUGACGCUUGACGAGUCUAAGCACGCCCGUGUCAUCUACAUCCACAAGAACGUGCCCGGUGUGCUGCGUAAAGUCAACGAGGUCUUGAUGAACCACAACGUCGACAAGCAAAUUUCAGACAGCAGAGGCGAGGUGGCGUACCUCAUGGCAGACGUUAGCGACGUCCAGCUCUCUGAUAUCAAGGAGAUCCACGAUGGCCUCGAGGCCCUGAGCUCCCGGAUCCUGGUCCGUGUGCUCUACUAAAGGAGUGAGCUUGGUUUGCCAACGAAACAUGUUUCAACCACGAAGAAUAACAGGCGGGGGCAAGUUGAGAAGUUCAGGGAGAUUCCAGGCACCGCUCCAAUCAUGCCCAGGGGGGGCUCAGGAACAAACCCCUGACACGAAAGCAAAAUCAAAUCAAAAUGUAUACCCUGGUAAAAGAUAAAAAAGACGGCAAAAUAUGGGAUAUUUUUCGUCGAGGAGUUUCAACACACAAAAUAGCGAGAGAACAUAACUGGGCAUUUGGGCCAAACCAAUAGAAUUUUCUUGGGAUACUGAGAUACCAUGCACGUUUUAGGAG